UUGUCUAGUAUUCUGCCCCUGGUCCCUAAGAAUGCUAAUGCAAGUUUGAUUACUGUGCUCGUAGAGCGUUGGCGACCCGAGACGUCGACCUUCCACUGGCCAUUUGGUGAGGUGACGAUCACUUUAGAGGACGUUGUGACACUGACCGGUCUAGCGAUUGAUGGUGAUGCCAACAUAGUAGACAUACCAGAUGAAGAUGAAUUCAAUCAUCUGUCGGUAAAUGCAUCAAGGGAGACUACAGAGCAGUUUGCACGAGCUUAUGCUCUAUCUCUGAUGAGAGUUGUACUGUUCCCGGAUCGAUCAAGAGCUACGGUGCAUCUACAGUACCUGGUGGAGGAUUGGCAGAGAGCUGGACGAUUCUCCUGGCGAGCAGCUGUUUUAGCCUACCUGUACCAUGAGAUGGGUAGACCAGUUUUGCGCAUUACGCAUUCCUCUUCCCUAGGAGGUGACCUUGGUGGAUGCGUCCCCUCACUGCAGCUCUGGGCGUGGUAG